AUGGCGAUGACACAGGCGAUUCCGCAUGACUGUCGCAGUCAUGUGGAUGCCUUGCCCGACCCCAUCGCACCGCACUUCGAACUUGUCACGUACCCCCUCGCCGACAACCUGGAUGCUAUCGAGGCUGUCGAUUGCCAGGGCGGUGUCCUGGCGGUGCUGCGCCGUAGUGGACAACUGGAGCUGCGCGACGCUGAGGAGGACCGUGUGCUGCUCCGUACACUUGUGCGUAACCCUCACAAGGUCUUUGUGCAUCCUCAAGGCACCUAUGUUGUGGCCACUGCCUCUGACGGCGAGGUCACGGUGCAGAACACGUUUGACGCACGCUUGUGCGCCAUUGCUCAGCUACAAGUAACCGACCUUCUCGGUGCCUUUGUGGAGGGGUCGCAGGAGGUCGUGGUAGGUGAGUGUGUGGGGUGGCUUCCACAGGAUGACUAUGGGGCAGCGCCCGAAGAGAACGCAGAUGAAUUUGGAACCCGUGUCGAUUCGGCUUCUCCGAUGAAAGGGUCGUCAACGAGGGGCGCAACGAAGUGGAGCUGCUUGAUGGGAGUGAACAAGGGUAGUGCCAUUUUUGCCCUCCAUAUCGGUGUCAGCAGCAGUAACCCAAACCGGCUGACGAUGAGAACAGUGCUGGCAUGGUCGUUGCCGUCCCCAGCAAGCGCUGUCUUUCCUCUCCGCUCCAUCGAGUUCGCGGCGAUGGGGGAAAGCGGCUGCGUUCUUCUUCUCUCUACAGCCACUAAUCUGCAUGAGGCAUGCAGCAGUAGCAUUGCCACACCGGCCUCUUUGUUUCACGCACUCGAUUCGGGCAUCGUCAAGCUGCGCACCCAGGCGGUACCCCUGUAUGCAGGCUCCGCCUCAGCACCGGAGGCGAAUGGGCGGGUGCUUCUCUACCGUGGCUCAUGCGCCACCACACCGCAGUCGUACGUGUGGAACAGCGCUGCUGGUAUCGUUCAUGGACUGUUUAACCGCGAUGUUGCCGCCGACAUGGUGGACGAAAAUGAAAAGGUGCUCUUUCGCACGCUGCCGGGCCCUGAGACAUCCACGUCCUCGAUGAAUGAGGAGGGGGCGUGCGUGAAUGAGCAGUCGUUCUCGCUGGCAAAAGUUGCAGAGAGUCAUGACGCGGUCGGGUUAGCUUUGGACAGGGCUACGCUGCCACCGUCGACCGCCCCCAUCGCAGUCGUCCCGACGGCGUUUCACAUGAUUGUGCUGUACCCGCGGCGGUUCCUGGUGCUACACCAACCUCCGGGUGCGUCAUGGCGCAGCCCUGCCGACAGCGGCGGCGUUGUGGAGCGCUUCGCACCUCCGCUGCCUGCCGAGGUGGCGCAGCGGAUCCGCUUCGACCCGUUCCAGGCAUCAUCGCCGCCUUCUGAGCUGUGCGGCAUCAUCCACGACGCCGAGGCACGCCGAUUUUUCCUCUUCAGCCGAACGCAUCUCUGGGAGUUGCUCAUUGAAGACGAGGCACGCCAGCAGUGGCGCUUCUUUCUAGAGCGUGGACGUGACGCGCAGGCGUCCUUGGUGAUGCGCAAGCGCUACAUGGAUGCGGCGUGUCGCCUUGCCUUCUACUCGGACACUCAGCGCAAUCUCUGCCUGCUUCACAGCGGUCAGUUCUUCCUCGACUGCGGCGCCACCCGCCACGCCAUUGCACAGUUUGCCAAAUGCGACUGGUUUGAGGACAUCUACGCGCUGUUGACGACAUACCGCAACACGAACGUGCGCACCACCUUUGUGGAGGCUCGCUUUCAGUUUCUGCUGUCUCAUCUCGCCUCGCUGGACGACUGGGCACCGCAGCUGACGAGCAUCUUUGUGAUUCUUGUACUCGCGAAACUUGAUCAGGUCGCGCGCUGUGCCGCAGCACCCGCCGCCGAGGCGGAGUUCAACAAGUUCCUGUUGAGCACCGUGGAGCAGUGCGGCGGCUUUCUGAAGGAAAAAGCGGUGUACGAGCUGGUGGUACGCCUGCUGGAGGAGCAGGGUCGCCGCGAGAGUGCGUUGAUGUUUGCCAAGGCAAUGCAGCACACAAGCUACGUCGUUGCCUACCACAUCGCACAGCAGCAGUUCGAUGAGGCUGUCACGGUCCUCGGAACGUGUCACGGAUCAGUUGCGCGCCUGCAGCCCUGGUACGAGUUUACAUCCGUGCUGAUCCAACAUCGGCCGGUGGCUCUGGUGACGGCGCUGCUGCGUGUGCUGGCCAAGGAAGCGCGAGUGGGUCGGGUGCUUCCUCUGCAGGUGGAACGGCUGAUGACGUCGUUUGCACGCUACGAUGUCUCCAUGAACGAGGUGGCCGACAACACAGAGCAUCAGGUGGUGGUGCUGCUCGAUCAGUGCAUUCACCGCUACGACUGCUUUUCGAGUGCAGUGCACAACUACUACGUUUGCCUGCUUGCCCAGACGCACGAUGUCGUGCGCCUCGACGACUUCAUCCGCACCUCACUUUUCUUCGACACGGGGUACGCACUGCGCAUCUGCUUGGAGCAUGGUUGCACGACCGCGGCCGUCGCCCUGUACAAGCAUAUGCAUCUCUACCGUGACGCCGUCACUACUGCCCUGUACGCGCCUCGGGAGCGACGUCACAGCAGCGGCAGCGCAGAGGAGGACAGCUACGUGCUGUCGGAGCUUGUCGCUGCGGAAGACACGCUGCGUGGACUUGUCGGUAAGGUUGGAAAGGACGAGCUGCGUCACUUGUGGAUGCUAACAGCAGAGCAGGCGCUCGCCAGCCACAACGUAGCCGCAGCCCUCGCGGUCGUACAAGAGUCCGGCGGCGUUCUCCGCACUGAGGAUGUUCUCCGUAAGAUCGACGACGUGAACCUUGUGGAUGACUUUCGGGGCGCCAUCUGUGAGUACUUCGACGCCUAUGCAGAGCAGAAGCGGCAGCUCAGCCGAACGCAGGACGAGGUGUACCAGACCGCCGAGGAAGUGAAGAAGGACCUGCAGCAGGCGCGCGACCAGUUUGGGUACAUCACAGCGAGCCAGCGCUGUCCGCUCUGCCACUGUACUCUGCUGCAAAGCAGGACGCCAUACUUUGUAUACCCCAACUGCGGUCAUGUCGUGCACGAAGCUUGCGCAGUGUCGCGACUCGAGUCCAUGGGCGGCCUGGCGGCGUUCCUGGCCGACGAGGGCAUUGCGCCACAUGUUCUGAACGGCGUCAGCAACACCCGCCAGAUCGCGCAGCAGGACUGCGUACUGUGCGGCGAGGCGCUGGUUGUUGAGGUCGGUAUCCCGUUAUGCACCAGGGACGCUUCGUGGGAUGUCUGA